CGUGGGGGUUUGGGGGGGGCACCCCGGAACGGGGGUCCCGGUAUGGACCCCGGUAUGGACCCCGGUAUCGAUCCGGGGCCGCCCCCUGCGCACCGCGGCUCCGCUCAGCUCCGACUUCUUCCGCGAGCUGGGGCAGACGCUGGAGAGCAUGGCACGGACCCUGCGGGAUCAGCUGCCGGCCGCGGGGAGCGCCGGGCGCGGCUGGAUCCCCCCGGGCACCCACCCCGACCCCCGGCCCCCCGACGAGGCCGACGUGGUGGUGGUGGGCGGCGGCGUGGUGGGCUGGUCCGUGGCCUACUGGCUGAAGGUGCUGGAGGGCCGGCGGCGGCACGGAAUGAGGGUGCUCGUGGUGGAGCGGGACCCCAUGUAUUCCAGAGCCUCCACAGUGCUGUCGGCGGGGGGGAUCCGGCAGCAGUUUUCCCUCCGGGAAAAUAUCCAAAUGUCCCGAUUCUCUGCCAGCUUCCUCCGCAACAUCAAUGAGUACCUUGGGGUGCCAAAUGAGCCCCCCAUUGACAUCCAGUUCCGGCCUGGGGGGUACCUGUUCCUUGCAUCCCCCCAGAACGCUGCUGCCCUGGAGGCCACCGUCCAACUGCAGAGGGAUGAAGGGGCACAGGUGACCUUGCUGUCCCCCACCCAGCUGAAGGAGAAAUUCCCCUGGAUGAACACGGAGGAUGUGGCUGUGGCGUCCUAUGGUCUGGAGGAUGAAGGCUGGUUCGACCCCUGGACCCUCCUCAACGCUUUCCGGCGCAAAGCCACAUCCCUGGGAGUCCAGAGCUGCUCCGGGGAGGUGCGAGCUUUUGUCACCUCGACCAACUACAUGAUGUCGUCAGCACCGCCCUCUGCGCGCAUCAAAUACGUCCACGUGCACAUGCCAGACAGCCUGGAGUACCAGCCCGUGGCCUGUGCCAUCGUGGUCAAUGCCGCGGGCGCCUGGGCGGGGAAGCUGCUGGAGGCAGAGGGGCUGCCCCGGGGGCUGUGCCAGCCCCCCCUGCCCAUCCAGCCCAGGAAGAGGUAUGUGUUCACCUGGCAUUGCCCCAAUGGCCCUGACCUCUCCUGCCCCUUCCUCAUCGACACCUCUGGUGCUUAUUUCCGUCCGGACGGCGCUGCUGGGAACUACCUGGGCGGGAUGAGCCCCCCUGAGGAGGAAGAGCCGGAUGCCAGCGACCUCUCGGUGGAUCACGAUUAUUUCCAGGAGCAGAUCUGGCCCCGGCUGGCUCGGCGGGUCCCAGCCUUCGAAUCCCUGCGGGUCAGGGGCUCUUGGGCAGGGUACUACGACUACAACACCUUCGACCAGAACGGGGUGCUGGGCCCACACCCCCGGCUGGAGAACCUGUUCUCAGCUGCAGGGUUCAGUGGCCACGGGCUGCAGCACGCGCCCGCUGGCAGGGCCCUGGCCGAGCUGGUGCUCAUGGGCCGCUAUGAGACCCUGGACCUGCGCAGGCUGGGCUGGGACAGGCUGCUGGAUGGGGAGCCACUGCAGGAGCAUGGCGUGGUUUGAUGGGGGCCGGGAGGGGGGAAACUGAGGCACAGCCCUGGACCCCCUCCCCAGGCCAGAGGGGGCAUCCUGUAGGAAUAAAAUGGAUGUGUGGAUGAUGAGUGUGCCAGAGAAUCAAUGGGGUCCACGCCUGCCAUGCUCCCUCCACCAGUGCUACCAGUAUCCUCCCAGUAUCCUCAGUUCUAAUGUCCCCAUUGACACCUUCCACAACUUCAGUGUCCCUGCUACACUCCAUUCCCUCCCAGUGUCCCCAUUAUGUUCCCAUACCUGCAGUCCCCAGGGUCUCACAGUGUUACCUAUUAUCUCCCCAGUUCCCCCUAAUCCCAGUAUCCCCACGGUCACCCAUUCCCCCAGUGCUCCCGUUAUCCGCUGCUCCAAUCGCCUCCAGCCCCAGUACCCCCAUUACGUUCCUAUCCUCCAGAUCCAGUGUCCAUGUUAUUCCCCCAGUGUCCCUCACUGUCCCCAUAGUGUCCCCUCUAACCCCCAUUUUCCCCAGUGUGGUGGCAUUCACAUUCUCUGAACAGUGAGAUUCAUAAUUCUCUCUCCCAGGAGUUUUCUUGUGGAAGGCAGUGAGAGAGAAGAAGGAAAACAAUUCUCUCUACUUGCUGCUCCUGUUUGGCAUAUGUGGAAUGUGUUACCGAGAUUGUUUACUGAAAG